AAAGAGUCACCGGUGCUCACACGUUGUUUGUAUACUGUAAAAAUCAGCUGUCAGUGUUUUGUCUCUUUCUCAGCCACCAGCAUCAUUGGCACUGACAGGAUGACAGACCCGGAGUGGACUAGGAAGUUUCAGAUCACAACAAGAGAUCUUAAACAUGGAGACUCCUGGCAUCUGGAGUUUGAUGAGAAUCUUGUGGAUGUUUGCCAAAAACCAGGCUGGAAGAAGUGUAUUGUGCACACAGGGGCAAGGUUUCGAUGCACCAAGUGUAGCAGAGGCUGGUCUUCUAACAUGGUGAUGGUGGUCUGCCACAUGCAACUGAGAAACGGGGAGGGCAUUGUGAAGGUGAGGCCCUCUUGUCAGAAGUGUAAGGAGUGCAGCGAAGCCCCGAUGGAGAAGCCCAGCAUCCCCUCCGACAACAUCUUCCCCCUCAUGAAUAAUCUGGUGCAGAAGAUAAGAGUAAAAUGUUACAAUGAAAACCUGGAACGAAAGAAGAAGCAUUUUAGAAACUUUGACGGCAACAAACCCCAUGAGCCUGCUCAUUGUGAAGCCUGUAUGAGAGGCUUCUGUCCAAAGAACCGCUCUUAAAUCAGCUUUAUUGUUUAUACAACAAAAUAAAUGAUGGAUUUGUUUCAGGCUUUUCAAUAAUAUGUCAUGCCUCAGCUAAUAUUAGCAAAAUAGGAGUUACUCCUUGUCAUUCUGUUGCAUUCAAGUACAUGUAAGCUUUCAUAUCAUUAUUCUUGUUGGUUUUUCCUUGUUGUGUGUUCUAUUACAAAUGUAAAUAUGUUUCUUAAAAGCAUUAAAGCAGCCUUCUUACAAAGAAAUGUAAAUCAGAAGAUUUUACAAGCAAUAAACUAAACA